AUGGAAAGGGAGAAUAUUUUCGUUUAAAAUGAAUUGAUUUGUAAUUCAAAAUUUUACUUAUUGAGUAAUCGAUUUGGUAGUAGAAAGUAAGAAUAUGAUGGAGUGGAUUUUCGUACUAGAAGUUCAUGGUUGCAGCAUGUAUAUGUGCAUCAUGAAAGCGCAAGGAAAUAAAAUGGUUCAAAGACAUGA